UUUUCCCAUUUCUCGCCCUCCAGCUCUGCAAUGUGAAAGAGACGCCCCAGCACACGGAGGAAGAAGUCGGGGCCUUCACCAAACUCAUUGAGGCCAUGGGCUUCACCGGACCUCUCAAAUACAACAAAUGGAAAAUCAAGAUUGCUGCCUUGCGCAUGUACACAUGCUGCGUGGAGAGAGUCAAUUAUGACGAGUUCUUUGACAAGUGCUCCCUCCCUGACACACUCAACUCUUGGUUCUUGGUAGCACAGCUACAUGUGUGGAUGUGUUUGGUGCGGAUGCGUCAGGAGGGCCGAGAAGGGAAGUACAUGUGUCGUUACAUCGUCCACUCCAUGUGGGAGGAUGUGGAGCAGAGGAGCAAAAUUAUGGGGAUUGAUGCCAGCCAUAGGAAGGAAGGAAUGAAAGCCAUGACGGAGACGCGUUUUGCCGUAGCGAUAUUUGGAUACGGUAGGGGAAUCCUGUCUGACGACUGCGUGCUGGCAGCAGCUCUGUGGAGAAACCUGUUCAAUUGCCAGUGUGAUGACCCCAAACAGCUGGAGCUCAUGGUGGAAUACGUACGCAAACAGAUGCAGUUCAUCGACGCCCUGGACGGGAAGGACCUGAUGCUGACCGGCGAGGUCAAGUUGCGCCCGGUGGAGGAGAACGCGCAGAGCAUCCUGAAGGUGGCGACGCCACAACGACAACCGUUUGAGAUCAGUGUUCCACCACCUUCAUUUGAAUGA